CAACAAUGAGCAGCACAAGCAACAUCAAGAGCAGACUAUUCGGACCUCCUACCUCAACACGCUGCACCCGCUCACACCAGAUCGGAGCCCUAGCCCUAAUCUCCAUCACCUUCUUCGCCACUAGACUCUUAGACCAAUCAUUCUCCUCCUCCACUUCACCCUUCCAUGGCGAUGAACUUGAAUCCAACUUGAUUCGUUUCUCAGAAGUCGAUAGUUCAAUACGGUGGCCUCAUCGUGGAUAUGGAUCCUACAUCUUCCUCAAGAUCUACGUCUAUGAUGAGAACGAGAUUGACGGCCUUAAACAGUUGCUAUAUGGACGUGAUGGAAAGAUUUCGCCGGAUUCUUGCCUUAAGGGCCAAUGGGGUACUCAGGUCAAGAUACACAAGCUUCUACUUAAAUCAAGGUUUCGUACACACAAGCAAGCAGAGGCAGAUUUGUUCUUCAUACCGUCCUAUGUUAAAUGUGUUCGGAUGAUGGGUGGUCUUAAUGAUAAAGAGAUAAAUCAAACAUAUGUCAAGGUAUUAAGCCAAAUGCCAUAUUUCAGAUUAUCAGGUGGACGCGACCACAUAUUUGUGUUCCCAAGUGGCGCAGGGGCUCACUUAUUCAAAUCAUGGGCUUCUUACAUAAACCGUUCAAUAAUCCUAACUCCUGAGGGAGACCGGACAGAUAAGAGGGACACAAGUGCCUUCAAUACAUGGAAAGAUAUAAUCAUCCCGGGGAAUGUUGAUGAUGGCAUGACGACUAAUGGCAUAAAGCUGGUAGAGCCUUUGCCUCUUUCAAAGAGGAAAUACUUGGCAAACUACUUAGGUCGAGCACAAGGAAAGCUUGGCCGUCUUCAAUUAAUAGAUCUUGCUAAGCAAUUCCCAGAUAAGUUGGAAUCUCCAGAGUUGAAGUUCAGCGGUCCUGAGAAAUUGGGGAAGGCUGAUUACUUUCUGCACUUGCGCAAUGCCAAAUUCUGCUUGGCUCCUCGUGGCGAGUCAUCAUGGACUCUUCGCUUCUAUGAGUCCUUUUUUGUGGAAUGUGUGCCUGUGCUCUUAUCAGAUCAUGCAGAGCUACCGUUUCAAAAUGUUGUCGACUACUCUCAGAUAUCAAUUAAAUGGCCAUCUUCACGAAUCGGUACUCAACUUCUUGAGUACCUGGAGUCCAUACCAGACAAACACAUAGAGGAGAUGAUCGCUCGUGGGAGAAAGUUGAGAUGCUUAUGGGUUUAUGCCCCCGAUUUGGAGCCUUGCUCUGCGUUUAGCGGAAUAUUAUGGGAACUCCAGAGGAAAACAAGACGAUUUCAGCAGUCAACCGAAACGUUUUGGCUGCAUAAUGGAUCCAUAGUUAAUAGAGACUUGAUGGAAUUCUACAAAUGGAAACCACCCAUGCCUUUGCCCUAGUUUUUGGCUUUGGUAGGUUUUAUCGAAACCGUGGAUGUUUGGGUCAGCUUAUGAGCACCUUGGCUUAUCUGUCUUUGGUAGUUGGUAACGGACAGAUGUCAUGGAAUAAAAGAGUUAUACCAAACGAAUCCUUGGUACUGAAUCGUAUUUGGCAAUAUAUCUCACCUGAAAUUAGGGUUCGGAAUCCACGAAGACCCAAAGUUGUAUUAUCGUGAUAUAAGAGUUGCUCGUUGAUAAGAUCUUUGACCAUUGUCCUUUUUCUAAUCUUCAGUAUGUGAGCGGGAUCGUUGUGUUGUUCACGACCAAUACGAAUUUAAUUGAUUUAUUGUAUUA